AUGGGAUUUGGCGCCGGUGGAGGUGACGACGGAGAUCCGGUUGACGGUGAUAUGAUGGAAGGAAGCGGUAGUGAAACUGAGUCGUCGGAACAAAGUUGUGGAGUCGGAGCAUGUGAUGUUCUGGAAGGAACUAAAGAAAUGGAGAGUGAAAAGGGCAUUAUGGCGAAAAUUAGAAUCGGUGAGACGGUUCAAGGGUGUGGUGAACGUGUGGUCACUGUCCACAGUACGAGUGAGGAGACGAAUGAUUUUGAUAUGAAUGAUGACCGUGUGUGUCCGGAAACGGACGCUAUGUUCAAAGUGCAUGACAAAGUUGUUGCUGAAGCGGAUAGUAAUCGUGAGGAAGCACUGCAAGUUACGGUGCGCCUUCUUGUGCCAUCGGGUCAGAUUGGUUGUAUUAUUGGAAAAGGUGGACAGAUAGUUCAAACUAUACGGUCGGAUACCGCUUCUCAAAUUCGGACCCUGAAGGAUAAUCACGUUCCCGCUUAUGCAUUAAGCAAUGAUGAACUUGUGCAGAUAUCUGGCGAACCGUCUAACGUUAGAACGGCACUUUUCCAAAUAGCGGCUCGCCUUCAUGAUAAUCCGUCACGUUCACAGCACUUGCUUUCAUCAUAAACACCUAAUGUUUACCCGUCGGGUGGUUCACUU